UUGUGAGGUUGUGCCAGUUUACAUAAAACAAAUUUUGGACAGGAAUUGUAAAUAACUCUAUAGUCUAUGGAUAAUAAUACCCAGUUUCAUUGGAAUAUUCUGUUGUUUUUGUGUCUGUUCCCUGUUGAGAGGAAUUCACUUUGGAAUAUUUUAUGGAUAAGAAAAAUCCACAACUGUCCCAAUCGUGGUCUCCCUUUCAUUGGAACAUGGGCUGUUUGCCAAGACGAAGACCCACAGUAGGCAAUUUUACAAGAAGAAAUAGUACACCCCAUAUUCAUCUGGGUGCAGCUGGACAUACCCAGAGGGUUCCUACAACAUCAGGUGUCCCCUUUCAGAGAAUUAAUUCAUUCCCCAUGACUGUUGAUCAUAAACGCCCAAGGGCCAAGUUUAGUGGUAAUAUGGACUCGUUCAAUCCAGACUUUCAUUUUUCACCAGGAGGUGACCAUGUUUUACCUAACAGUGAUUUAACAAUGUAUGCUGCUAGCCCAAACUCCCUUCAUAUGUACGACCAGGAAAAAUAUGAUAUGCAGAAUUAUGUCAACUGUUUGAGUUCAAACACAAGAACACUUCAAAAACGUGACAGUGGUUCAACUUUUGAUGAAUUUGAUUUAAACCCACAGUUCGAGAAUAACUAUGACAUGUUACCUAAUCUGGUGAUGGACAACAGUGAUCUCCAGCCAGUCUCAGAUUUUUCAAGUUAUAAUGUUCAGACAAGUACAUGUAUGAAUUCAGAUGUGACUUUGACAGAAUUGAACUCAAACUGGAACAGUGAAUCUGAAUCUUUAUUGGACGAUCUUGAAACAAUCAUACCAUCGUGUAAGACUGUGUCGUAUUCAGAUGGUAUACAAACAAACACUAUGAAUCAAAAUUCAUUUAAUAUAACAGGUCAACGACAAAAUAAUACAAACUUUCCUUCAAAUUCACAGAAUGUGUCUCGUUCAAACUUUCAAGCGUUUAUCAAAUCAGAGCCAAUGACAAGUUCAUCAUUAUGGUCAAACCCAUGUAAGCAGUCGGGCUCUCUUUCAACGCUGAACUCUAAUUUUCGAAAAGAAACGCCUGUGCAGUUACCUCAGAGUACGAGUCGUAGCCCUCCAAGUGUGUAUUACAACAGUCAGUCAGAGAGAGAAACGGUUCCUAAAGAGGAUAAUAAAAUAUUACUACAGAAAUUAUUAAUGACAAAUAGUCCUUCAGAAAGGCCACCAGUUAGUAUUGCUAGUGUGAUUGGUCUUAAAAGGCCAGCUUUACCUGUGAAAGAAGAAAAUGAAGAAUCGGUGGAAGAAAAAUGGAAGGAAAUUGAGAAAUAUAUACAUGAUGAGGAUAAUGAUACUAAACCAACUCAGGCUAAAAGAACUAGAUUUGAUUCUGGUAGUUCUGUGGCGGCAUCCUUUGAUGAAGAAUCUAUUGAUGAUGAUGAAAGUAGUGAUGAAGACUGGUCAGACACAGAAAUGGACUUUCCUAGUGGUGCUUCAGUUUUGGAUGAUGGUAAGAAAGGAGAAAAAUAUUUUUGGCAGUACAAUGUCCAGUCAAAAGGUCCAAAGGGAACAAAACUGAAGUUGCAUUUAGAUAACAAAAAUCCAUAUAAACUUCCUGGUUUUGAAGAUCCUGUUUUCGAUCCACAAAAUACCAAAGCUGGUAUCCGACAUGGAGGCAAGGCUAGAAAAGGUGAUGGAAAUGAUAUCGUCCCGUCACCUAAGAAACUGUUUAAUCUUGGUCAACAGAUUAGGAAGCUGAAUCAUAUGAUUAAUGAAGUAUCUCCAUCUAAUGAUCAACCAGCAUCUAUUAGAAAUGAGUCAAGAAAAAAGAAAAAUAAACUGGCAUCAAGAGCUUGUAGAUUGAAGAAAAAGGCACAACAUGAGGCAAAUAAAGUGAAAUUAUAUGGCCUGGAGAAAGAGCAUAGUCAAUUGUUACAAGUUAUUACCACCAUCAGAAGUUCAGUUAUUAAACGAGCCAGACAAAUGCAGGAACUGAAAGAUACAGACCAUGACAAACUUAUUAAUAAGUUGGAUGAAUUAAUCGCCAAAAAUUUAACUUUGAAGAUAGCUGGAAAUGCUGCCGAAUUUGUGAAUAGUGUGAUAAAAGCAGUUGAAAAUGGUGACGUGACAGGAGGAAUUGUGAUUGAGAAGAAAAAGAAUUCAAAAACAUAAACUGUUACCUUACAGAUAAAAAAAUCCUGAAUCUCAAACUCUCAGUAUUAUUUACAAUUAUUUAAGCCAGUAACAGUGAUGUGCAGAUAAUACAGUCAAAUUGUAGCUAACUUAAAGCUUAUAAUUCUAGGUUCAAGUCUCAAAAUUAGUUGAUACCUUAAUUUGGAUUGAUUAUUAAUAAAAAAAACCCAAAAAAAACUGUUUGCGCAUGCUCAAGAAGUGAUAAUGUGAAGUGGAAAUAUGUUUCAAAAUAUUUUUUCAUUGACAUCAUAUAUCCUUACAAUCGAUUGUCAGAAAUCCGAAGAUUGUCUGCGAAAGGUGGUGGGAAUUUUAUGCCAUUUGUCUUUCAGUGAAUGAGCGUUGUGAAGCUACUGUGCAAGGAUUGCCUUAGCAAUUUGUGUCCUUUUCAUACACAAUCAUAAAUCAUUAUUAUGGAUUAUUAUAAUAUACAUUACCAAUAAGUUUUAAAGACUUCCAUCUGUUUUGUUAAGUGUUAAGAUCAUGUUAAUUGUAGUUAAAUCAUUAUGUAGAUAGAAUGAACUGUUAUUUUUAUUAUUAUUCCUUGGUUAUGUUAUAUUUUAUUAUACGUUAAUAUUUUUAACCCACAGUGGUGCAAUAACUAAAUCGGUUUUUUGAAAAUAUGUUGAAUUAACAUGAUUUGAUUCAUUUUAUGUGUUGAAAUAUAAAAUAAAAAGGCGACUUAACAAAUUAAAGCCACUUAUUGUCAUUUGCAUUUUUUGAACACUUUUAAAAUAAAAAUUUAAAGAGAGGUCUAUCAAAAGAUUUUACUUAGCACUGGCUUUUUUCAUAUCAUCUGUAGAGAAUGACAAAAAGUAGCAACUUAUGUAUAUUGUGUAUAGCAAGAGAUUAAUAUCCCUCAAAUGACAAUCAAUGGCUUUAAGAUUUAGUAAAAUAAUCCAGAGAAAAAACUGUAAGUCUGUUACAAUGCUAUUGUGAGAAAGACAGCAUUUCCGUAUGAAACAGUGUAUUGCAUCAUUGUUAGAAUAUUGAAUUAAUGUUAGCAUGUAGACUAGUAUAUAUAAACAGAUUGUAAGCUUGUUGUUAUUAUAAAAUGGUCAUGUCACUAUCUACAUUACACAGACAAGUGACUCACUUUAUUAAUUAUCUAUGUAAUAUAAAACAUGAACACUUUUACCUAACUACUCAAAUGGAUGCAAAAAAAAAAAAAAAAAUGGAAAAA